UCUGGUUACUAUGGAAACUGCGCCAAAGCAAAAUGGUGGACAGACUUGAACGAAAGCAUAGCAAUUAGUAGAGGGGACGAAAGAUCUUCUAAAACAAUCUGAAUUUUAGUCCUAAACUUUCAAUGCCAUGUCUUCUGCAGGCACAACGAAGAAGGUUCCACCUGUGAUUCGCACAGUGGUACCAGGAAAUCGAACACUCGAUCAAAUUUACGAAGACGAAGCUCGUGAAAUUGUCGACGAAGCGAUUGAAAAUGCUCGACGUCGUAUACCUGAUUAUGCUGGCGAGGAUGGAAGGGAAGCAGAAGCCCCUGAUCAGGACGAUCAGCCAACAAUAGAUCCUGAGACAGGAUAUGAGAUACCAAAUAUCAAAUGGAUGACGGCUGAUAACUUCACAGUUUCUGGGGGACUAGAAAAAAUCGAGGAAUUUAUCCAGACAUGGGAACGUGAUGGUAGCUGGUUAUACUGUAUUGACUUUUUAAGAGAAGAAGAGCAGCCUUACAGCUGGAGGUAUAGGUAUGCUAUCAAGUGGAGUAUACCAACCAGGAGAAGACCAAUUCCCAGGGCAACUGCUUCUGUUUAUAUAACCAUUGAAGUUAGCAAAUUUAAGCCAAAGACAUUUCCAGUGGAAGUGUAUUAUAUUUUUGAGACACAUCAUCUCGUCCAUAGGCCUGGUAAAACAAGGUUUCGAGAGAAGUGGUUGAAAGACAUUAUUGAAAGCAAGAUACAAAUGAUGGGUGCAGUGGAGUUCUGAUCUUUUUUGGG